CCCGGAUCUCGUCGACCGUGAAUUUUCUGGGGCGAUAAAAGCGCUCAUAAGCUCCGUUCCUGACGGAAAAAACACCAAGGAUGGGACGCACACCAUGCUGAUUGUCGAAAAUUAGAGAAUAUCGGUUGUUUCUGGAGAGGUCUGAGCUUGUUGUAGCGGGGAUUCAAGAGGGGCAUACAAGCCGCUUAUGAAUAGGAGCUUGAGUUGGCAUCCCGGAGCCGAGGAGCGUGGUUUCAAUGGAGACAGGGGUUGUUGAUUCAUUGACUAUGCAGCUCCCUUUUCCGCACAGAUUCAGGCGCCGGCUGAACGCGAUCGAAUAGACCUCGCUCCGGCAGCACUGACUCUUGGAUUGACUCGAGUUAGAGGCCGAGGACGUUUCUGAGGGUGCACCGAAUACGAACGGCGAGAACAGAUCAUGAUUCGCUUGACAGUUUAUGAUUCUGCAUGACUCUGACCUUGGCGCGGAACCGCUUGGUCCAUGAUGACGGAGGGGAGAUGACGCUUGUCACAGCCACCCCAUCAGUCACUCUCUGUGACCGGUCCGGGCCGGAUCACUCCCUGACUGGAGUUUUACCCACGGCUAGGAUUCCUUGUCAGUUGCUAUCUCGGCUUCUUCGCAUGCAAGUGUAGAUCGCAAAUUCGCCUCUCACGCGCUCCCUGCAUGGCUUACUCAUUCACCCUGCUCCCAGCUGCAACGCUAGCCGCGGUGUACAUCUCACACCUCCUCUGGAGAAAGUUUUCGAGACCUCCCCUGCCGCCCGGACCCCGCGGGAUCCCCAUCCUCGGAAACAUCCACGAUGUCCCGGCCGAGUCGCCGUGGCUCGCGCUCGCUGCCUUGGGCGAGCGAUACGCCGGCGGCCUCUUCUCGCUGCAGAUCCUCGGCCAGCCAAUGAUCGUCGUUGACCGCGCAGACACGGCCGCGGACCUGCUCGACACGCACGGCGCGGCCCUCAGCGGCCGACCGACGUUCGCGAUGGCCGGCGCGCUCGUGGGGUACGACGGCGCGCUGCCGCUGUGCCAGUACGGCCCGCGCGUGCGCACGGAACGUGUGACACGGAUCGACGAUAUCUUGAAUUGUAUAUAAUCUCGUACCUACGCAUAUUCUACUUUACCAGCCUGUAUACUCGUAUACCCGAUCGGACUGCCA